UCAGUCAUCAAAAAGACCGGAGUUGACCUUCCUUCUGCCAGAAACAAUGGCAAAUGUAGGCUCAUCAUCGUUGCGACAGGCCGCGCGCCUGUGUGCGAAGAACAUCUCUUCAGCAGGCCUGAUUAGAAGCUCUGCUUUACCACGAGCAGCAGUUGUGGCAGCUUCAGGGCAAAAAGUCUCGGGCCGACGCUACGUUUCCGAAUCGAAGAAGGAUGCUGCGCAGGUGAACGUCGAGUCGGCCAUCAAGGCCGACCAGAAGAAGUUCGUCCAGGAGAUGGGGAAGACCCAGCUCGAACAGCCGAUGCAUCCCACGGGGGCGAACGCGGAUGCUAUGAUGGAUCCUAUGGCGGGUGUCUUGAAACAGGCUACCAUCAUGGAUGGAGGACAGAGGCCCAUCUAUCUCGAUAUGCAAGCCACGACUCCUCUUGAUCCCCGUGUUCUCGAUUCCAUGCUGCCGUUCUACACUGGACUGUACGGAAACCCUCAUUCGAGGACGCACGCGUACGGUUGGGAGACGGAUAAGGCCGUCGAGCAAGCCCGCGAGAACAUUGCGGCCUUGAUCGGUGCCGAUGCGAAGGAAAUCAUCUUCACAUCGGGGGCUACGGAGAGUAACAACAUGAGCAUCAAGGGAGUGGCGAGAUUCUUCGGAAGGUCGGGGAAGAAGAAGCACAUCAUCACAUCGCAGACCGAGCACAAGUGCGUGCUUGACUCGUGUAGGCAUUUGCAAGAUGAGGGCUUUGACAUCACAUACCUUCCUGUCCAGAGAAAUGGACUCAUCAGCAUGGAGGAGCUUGAGGCCGCUAUCCGCCCAGAUACCGCUCUCGUCAGUAUCAUGGCUGUCAACAACGAGAUUGGUGUUAUCCAGCCUCUGGCUGAGAUUGGCGCCCUGUGUCGCUCCAAGAAGGUGUUCUUCCACACCGAUGCUGCUCAGGCUGUUGGAAAGAUCCCAAUGGAUGUCAACGAGAUGAAGAUCGACUUGAUGUCCAUCUCGGCACACAAGAUCUACGGACCAAACGGUAUUGGUGCCUGCUACGUGAGGAGAAGACCAAGAGUCAGACUUGACCCCAUCAUCACUGGUGGUGGCCAGGAGAGAGGAUUAAGAAGUGGCACACUUGCGCCACCAUUGGUUGUCGGCUUCGGCGAGGCUUGCAGAAUCGCCAAGCAAGAUAUGGAUUACGACACCAAACACAUCAAGAAACUCUCCGACCGCCUCCUCUCCGGUCUCAUGGCCAUGGAACACACCACCCAGAACGGCGACCCCAACCACUUCUACCCCGGCUGCGUCAACGUCUCCUUCGCCUACGUCGAGGGUGAAUCCCUCCUCAUGGCCCUCAAGGACAUUGCCCUGUCCUCCGGCAGCGCAUGCACCUCCGCCUCUCUGGAGCCCAGCUACGUGCUCCGCGCGCUCGGCAGUAGCGACGAGAGCGCGCACAGCAGUAUCCGUUUUGGCAUUGGCCGAUUCACGACAGAUGCUGAGAUCGACUACGUGCUCAAGGCUGUGCAGGAGCGUGUUUCGUUCUUGCGCGAGCUGAGCCCGUUGUGGGAGCUUGUGCAGGAGGGAGUGGAUCUUAACACUAUUGAGUGGAGCCAGCAUUAGUUGGUUGGUUGUUGUGUCGUGAUAGGGAGUGGGGGAUUGUGUUGAGAUUGUACGAAAGACAACGUUAGCAAAGGGGGGGUUAUUGAUAUCCAUGGGCGUUUAUUGAGCACGUAUGGGGGGGGUUACUGACGCAAUAUGUCUGCGUGUGUGGUUGGGUGUGUUUUUUGUAGUGUAUGAUAUUUUGGUAUUCGAUGCCAAUAUGGCGAGCGAAUAACGACACCACCACUCCCCAUAAUCAAAGAAACUGUAAGACUCAUUCGAAGCGAAGCACGCAUUUGUUGAACUCGCUCGUGAAUAUAAUUUACAUGCCC